AUGGACAGCGGUCCUCUGCGGGUUUCCACUGUCCCUACAUCCCCGUACCCCGACCAGAGACCGGGCGCCAACGGCCUGAGGAGAAAAGUGCAUAUCUUCCGGACCCGGAGGAACUAUCUGCACAACUUCAUCCAGAGUAUCUUCUCCUCCAUUGACCUCCGUGACCGCCAGGGUUCCACGGUGGUGGUGGGCGGGGAUGGACGCCACUUUAGCCAGGCGGCCAUCGAGGUCAUCGUGCAGAUGGCCGCUGCCAACGGGGUGGGCCGUCUCAUCGUCGGACACAACGGGUUAAUGUCCCCUGCGGCCGGUUCCUGCGUGAUCAGGAAAUCCAAAGCCAUCGGUGGCAUCCUCCUCAGCGCCGGCCGUCGCCCCGCAGGGCCGGAUGGAGACUUUGGCAUCAAGUUCAACUCAGCAAACGGAGGACCAGCCAGUGAAGCUGUCACCGGCAAGAUCUACCAGGUCAGCAGAACCCUUGAAGAGUUUGCCAUCUGCCCAGGACUCCGGGUGGAUCUAACCACUCUGGGCAAACAGACCUUCGACUUGGAGAACAAGUUCAAACCUUUCACAGUGGAAAUUGUGGACUCUAUUGAGUCCUAUGCUAACCUGAUGAGGAACAUCUUUGACUUUGCUGCCCUGAAGGUGCUUUUGUCAGGCGAGAACCACAUCAAGAUAAGACUGGAUGCCAUGCAUGGAGUGGUGGGCCCUUACGUGAAGAGGAUACUGUGUGAGGAGCUGGGCUGUCCUGCCAACUCUGCCAUCAACUGCGUCCCCACGGAGGACUUUGGGGGUCAGCGCCACAAUCCUGACCUGGUCUACGUUGCGGAUCUGGUGGACAGCGUGAGAGAUGGGGAGUACGACUUUGCAGCAGCUUUCGAUGGAGACGGGGAUCGGAACCUGAUCCUGGGGAGGCGGGGCCUCUUUGUCACCCCGUCCGACUCUCUGGCCGUCAUUGCUGACAACAUCUUCUGCAUCCCCUACUUUCAGCACGGCGGGGUGAGGGGUUUCGCCCGCAGCAUGCCCACAAGUGCGGCCUUAGACAGAGUAGCCAAGGCAUCAAAAAUAGAGCUGUAUGAGACUCCCCCCGGGUGGAAGUUCUUUGGAAGCCUCAUGGAUGCGGGUCGGCUCUCUCUGUGUGGAGAUGAAAGCUUUGGAACAAGUGCGGACCAUCUUCGUGAGAAGGACGGGCUUUGGACUGCGCUCGCAUGGCUGUCCAUCCUGGCCACCAGAAGGCAAAGCCUGGAGGAUGUACUUAGAGACCAUUGGUUCAAAUAUGGGAGAAACUACUACACCAGAUAUGACUACGACAACGUGGACGUAGAAACAGCCUGUGAAAUGAUGGAGGACUUGGAGCUCCUAAUUGCAGACAAGUCCUUUGUCAAGCAGAGAUUUGCAGUGGAAGAUCAAAUUUACCACGUGGAAAAAGCCGACAAUUUUGAAUACACAGACCCUGUCGACAGCAUUAUCACCCGGAACCAGGGUCUUCGGAUAAUCUUUUCCGACGGUUCUCGGAUCAUCUACAGACUCAGCGGCACGUGCAGUGACGGGGCCACGGUUCACAUCCAUCUUGACAGCUACGAGAAAGAAGACGUUUUUCAAGACGCGCAGGUGGUGUUGGCACCAUUGGCAACAAUCGCAGUCAAGAUGUCCCAGCUCCAUCGCCGAAUUGGUCGAAAUGGUCCAUCUGUUAUCACAUGACUCCGCCCGUCAGUUACGCCGCAAGAUUGUAAAAUUCAACAAAACUUUGC